AUGGUUGUACUAAAAUCUGGUUUUAACAGUGAUAGUCUCAAGAUCCACUUCGAGAGAAUCGUCAGAAGUCUUUACUCAAAUCCUCCAAACCACGGUGCUAAGACCGUUUUCCAAAUAUUAUCCAAUCCUGAAUUAUAUAAAGAAUGGUCAAGCAGUUUCAAAGCUAUGGUUGUUCGGAUAAUAGAAAUAAGAAGAGCUUUUCGAAAAGCUCUUGAGGAAGAAGGAGCUCCUGGAAAGUGGAACCAUAUAACAGAUCAAAAAGGGAUUCAAGUGGAAUACUUGAGAUAUUUUCAUCACAUUUAUAUGGUAAAAAGUGGACGGAUAAAUGUUACUGGACUGAAUUUCUCAAAUAUUAGUUAUGUUGCUAAAGCAAUUAAUGAUACAUUAAGGAAGAACAUAUAA